UCAGUGCGCUAAAAUGAGUCUCUCUGGGGAGAGAGAGGAGGGGGGGCCUGCCUCUAAAAUGAGUCUCUCUGGGGAGAGAGAGGAAGGAGGCCCUGCCUCUAAAAUGAGUCUCUCUGGGGAACAUGACACCAAAGCUAAGAGCCCAUUCAAGCAGGAGAGACCAGCCUCCCCUGUACCCAGCUGUGUGUCCAUGAAGAGUGACAUGUCUAUGGAGCUACCUAUAUACUUUAGCGAGGGAGACCUUUCUACUGAACAAAGAAACCAGCAGGAGAGAUUCGAGUCAGAGAUUCUCAGUGGUCAGUCUUCCCAGAGUCAUCAAAAAGACCUGGCCUCCAUAUUCAGUAUGCUUGAAGAGAAUAUUAUGACAUUUGUGAAGAACGAGCUGAAGCUGUUCAAGAGGAUUCUUAGUCCAGAACUCCCAGAAGGCUUUGAGAGUCAGAAGCAGGAUAAGGAAGUGGUGGAUUCUGAAGAUGAGAAGCAGGAGAGCAGUGCCAGAGAGGGGGCUCUGAAGAUCACACUGCACGUCCUGAGGAAAAUGAACCAGGUGGAGCUUGCUGACACACUGGAGAACUAUUCAGAUGAUCCUGCUGUGAUUUACCAACGUGAACUCAAAUCUAAUCUAAAGAAGAAGUGUCAAUGUGUAUUUGAGGGGAUCGCUAAACAAGGAAACCCAACACUUCUCAAUAAGAUCUACACAGAGCUCUACAUCACAGAGGGUGGAACAGGAGAGGUCAAUAAUGAACAUGAGCUGAGACAGAUUGAGACAACAACCAGGAAACAAGCAAGACUAAAGACUGCAAUCAAAUGGAACGACAUCUUCACACCCUUAACUGGACAAGACAAAUUUAUCAGAACUGUGCUGACAAAGGGAGUCGCUGGCAUUGGAAAAACAGUCUCUGUGCAGAAGUACAUUCUGGACUGGGCUGAAGGAAAAGCAAAUCAGGAUGUGCAAUUUUUAUUUUCAUUCCGUUUUCAGGAGCUGAAUUUGAUGAAAGAGAACAAACACACUUUCAUUGAACUUCUCAAUCACUUCUCAAUGGAAACCAAACAAUCAGGAAUCUCCCUCUACAACAAGUACAAAGUUCUGUUCAUCUUUGAUGGUCUGAAUGAGUGCCGACUGCCCCUAGACUUCCAGAAGAACAAAAUCUGUUGUGAUGUCACAGAGUCAACCUCAGUGGAUGUUCUGCUGACAAAUCUCAUCAAGGGAAAUCUGCUUCCCUCUGCUCUCCUCUGGAUAACUAUCAGACCUGCAGCAGCCAAUAAGAUCCCUUCAGUGUGUGUUGACCAGGUGACAGAGGUAAGAGGGUUCAAUGACCCACAGAAAGAGGAGUACUUCAGGAAGAGAUUCAGUGACGAGGACCUGGCCAGCAGAAUCCUCUCACACAUAAAGACAUCAAGGAGCCUCCACAUCAUGUGCCACAUUCCAGUCUUCUGUUGGAUUUCUGCAACAGUCCUUGAACACAUGCUGAAAUAUAAGAGAGAAGAGAUGCCCAAGACUCUGACUGAGAUGUACACACACCUUGUGGUGUUUCACACCAAACAGAAGAAUGAAAAGUAUCUUGGGAAAGAAGAGACAGGUCCACACUGGAAUAAAAAGAGCAUUCUGUCACUGGGAAAACUGGCUUUUCAACAGCUUGUGAAGGGCAAUCUGAUUUUCUAUGAAGAGGACCUGAAAGAGGCUGGUAUUGAUGUCAUUGAAGCCUCAGUGUACUCGGGAUUGUGCACACAGCUCUUUAAAGAGGAAUGUGUGCUGUACCAGGAGAAGGUGUACUGCUUUGUUCAUCUGAGCAUUCAGGAGUUUCUGGCUGCUGUAUAUGUGUUCCUCUCAUUCAUCAACAACGAGAAUCUAAUGGACAAACUGCAAACAAAAUCCAAUACUUUUCUUUGCUUAUUCAGAGACGAGCCUGAAGUUAGUUUCUACAAGAGUGCUGUGGAUAAUGCCUUACAAAGUAAGACAGGAAACCUGGACCUUUUCCUCCGCUUCCUUCUGGGCCUCUCACUGGAGUCCAAUCAGAAGUACUUACAAGGUCUACUGACAAAGACAAGCAGCUCACGGAGCCAUGAAGAAACAGUCAAGUACAUCAAGGAGAAGAUCAGGGAGAAUCUUUCUCCGGAGAGGAGCAUCAAUCUGUUCCACUGUCUGAAUGAACUGAAUGACCAUUCUCUAGUGGAGGAGAUCCAAAGCUACCUGAGAACAGGAAGUCUCUCUGGAGCCAACCUGUCACCUGCACAGUGGUCAGCUCUGGUCUUUGUGUUGCUGACUUCAGAAAAUGAGCUGGAUGUGUUUGACCUGAAAAAAUACUCCAGAUCAGAGGAAGGUCUUCUGAUGCUGCUGCCAGUGGUCAAAGCCUCCAGAGCUGUCCUGCUGUCAGGCUGUGGAGUCCCAGAGGAAGGCUGUGCUUCUCUGAUCCACGUGUUUACCAAACACACAACGUCCACACAAUAUGUGUUUGGACAGCUGUCACGCUGUCAAGUGACAGAGGAAGGCUGUGCUUCUCUGGCAUCAGCUCUGAGGUCAAACCCCUCACACCUGAGAGAGCUGGACCUGAGCUACAAUCACCCAGGAGACUCAGGAGUCAGACUGCUCUCUGCUGGACUGGAGAAUCCACACUGUAGACUGGAGAAUCUUAAUGUGGAACAUGGCGGAGAGUACACAAUGAAACCUGGACUUAGAAAAUAUGUCUGUGAUCUCACACUGGACCCAAACACAGUAAACAGACUCCUCUCUCUGUCUGAGGAGAACAGAAAGGUGACACGUAGGAGAGAGAAGCAGCCGUAUCCUGAUCACCCAGAGAGAUUUGAGGGCUGUGAACAGGUGCUGUGUAGAGAGGGUCUGACUGGGUGCUGUUACUGGGAGGUAGAGUGGAGUGGGAGUUGGGCUGGUAUAGGAGUGACAUAUAAAGGAAUCAGCAGGAGAGGACAGGUUAAGGACUGUUGUCUUGGAUGGAAUGACAAGUCCUGGAGUCUGUUCUGCUAUGACAACAGUUACACUGCUUGGCACAAUAAUAAUCCCACUACCAUAGACGUCCCCUCCUCCAGCUCCCACAGAGUAGGAGUGUAUCUGGACUGGCCAGCCGGCACUCUGUCCUUCUAUAGAGCCUCCUCUGACACACUGACCCACCUGUACACAUUCACCUCCACAUUCACUGAGCCCCUCUAUCCAGGGUUUCAUCUUUGGUAUGAAGACUCCUCAGUGUCCCUGUGUCAAACACAACAUGAUGUUUCACUCUAAUCAUGGUCAUGUUCAGUCAGACACACUGAAGCAACAAUGUAGAAUAUCUCUCUAGUGUGUAAACCUCUCUAUCCAGGGUGUUUGGUAUGAAUAUCUCUCUAGUGUGUAAACCUCUCUAUCCAGGGUGUUUGGUAUGAAUAUCUCUCUAGUGUG